UCCAGACAUCCAUUGAUCUUCUAUUCAUUUCAACCAACCUCGAUCUCCUCUGCCAACGCACACUGCCCAUCAUGGCCCUCCCGGCCAGGUCGCGGCUCCUCGAACUCACAAAGUUACAAUGUUCGAUAUUCUCGACGAUAUUCAACCCUACAGGAGAGAGACUAGGCAACAAGAUCCUCCGACAGAGAUUAAAAGGACCCAAACUCGCCGCCUACUACCCUCGAAGAUCGGCCACAGUGGAGGAUGUCAUGAACGAGUUCAAGAAGUUUGAUUUGGUGGGAGAGAAUGAGGACGAAGCAGAAAGAUUGGAGGAUGUGGCUCGAGCUAAGUUGAGAGGCAAGGGUGCGCCGAAGAAAAAGAAGACUGCAGAAGAGAGUCGAUUCAACAAGAGGAAGAAGUGAGCAUGACCAUAAUAAGUGUGAAGUGGCUCCCUUCUUCUGUGUGUUAUAUACAUGUACAGUGCAUAAAAGCGAUACCCGCGCCUUUCAGAUGGGCGCUCACAAUGAAGAUACACAUAAAACAUUUACACGUGUACUGUC